AUGAUUACUGUUCCCUCUGCAUAAUCCAAAACCUAAUCUUGUUUGAUUCUUCCAAUUUGCAGAGGAAAUGAGAGACUGGGCUGCUCCCUUGAUAGCUUCAGCGCUGUUUGCAUUUCUAUCGCCAGGGCUGAUCCUGCAAAUCCCUGGGAAGAACCAACCCAUUGGUUUCAUGAACAUGAAAACAAGUGUGGCUUCCAUAUUUGUUCAUGCUGUUCUCUAUGUUUUGUUCCUCAUCCUGUUUCUUGUUGUUCUUCAUAUUCACCUCCCUGCCUGAAAACAACAUGAGCUUUUCAUUUUCUACUUUGCUGUUUUCUGCUCCCAUUAUGUAGACUUAUUUGGCUUUUGUAGUUUUGCUGGAAGAAGGAACUUUAAGGAGAGAUAUGUCACUGCU